AUGAGUUUCUUUGUGGUCCCCCUGGUGUCUUACCAGACACAACAAAAGUUAAAAUCGCACAAGGAGAAGAAAAAGGCCAAAGAAAAGAAGAAAGAAGCGGAGAAAGAAUUGAAGAGGGAGGAACAUAGGCACGAAAGUGAUGCUAGCAGCAUAAUGUCAAAGAAAAAAAAGAAACCAGGUUGGGGGAUACUUCACAGGACAUCUACUAGCUCAAAAAUGUCCGCGGAUAUGAGAGAUGACACGGAAUACAAUGACGACGCAAAGUCACUCACGUCUGCGUAUACAACAAAUCCGCCAGUCUUGGCCCUGGACCCAGAGGUUGUUUCCGACGCUGAUGAUUGGGAGUCAUUAUAUCUGGACCAAGUGCUGAAGUCAAAACUGUUUACAAAUCUAGCGAAAGCAAGAUCUGAGGAGCCAGAGCUGAGACGAUUCAAUUUGGAUGAAGUUUUGAGCGAUGGUGAAGGAAAUGUCAAGGAUUCGAAAUUGCUAUCCAAACUGCAAUCUGAGCUGCUGGAGCUAACACCUGACUUUGAAAGUCCUUCGAGCUCACUGACCAACUUGGGUCAUUCUCAGUCAAUGUCGGGAGUUUCGCAAAGACGUGGGUUGCCAGAACAAGCAGAAAGAGAGGAGGAGAUAUCAACACUAAUAGCAAAUAACUAUGGAAAAACAAUGCGACCAGACGCAUUUAAACCACUUACUUCCCACAGUCAACAACAAUUACACCCACUGAACCCAAAAAUUGCAUCAACACCAGCAAUCUCCCCAUUGACUCCAAUAGUCCCAUCAGCAACAUUUCAUACAUCAAGCACCCUGUCAGUGCAAAAUACACGCCCACGUAUAAACUCCGCAUUCACAGCCACUUCCGCCCCUUCGGGCCAUUCACAACAAAGGUAUCCACUGAAUGCAGCAUUUCAUAGAAAUUCAUCCUUAUCGUCUAACAAUACAACCCAUUCACAACCUCCCAUGGGCACCAAAGAAUCCACAAGUAAGUUUAAAAAAUUACAUUUUCUCACAGGAAGCACAAAAAAGAAGGGGUCUUCAACUUCAUUACCUUCACUGCCGAGGGCAAACUCACCUCAUCAAUCACCCGGCUCGACUCAACCUACAGACUCCUACUUUCCCGAUGUAACAGGUCAAUCGCCAAACUCAACAAUUCCACCAUUUCAUACUGUAAUCGACUUGUCUUUGUUCAAUUCAUAUGAUGGAAUUAAACAAAAUUUACUCAAUCCGCAAUACCAAGUGUUUCGUUACAAUAAUUUCCUUUCAUUAAUGAGUGAAUACCACCCAAGCGAUGCUAUAUAUUUUGCCAAAAUUAGAAAUCAAUCAUUGUUGAAGUUUAUCGUGAGACAUAAACGAGCAAAAGCAGUGGUUGAUAAACAUGGAUACUUUGAUCAAGAAAAUUACCGUGACUUACACAGUACUGAGUGUAUUUUGGCUUACUUUUUGUAUCAUCAAAUAAGAAGUGAUUUACGAAGAUUUAUCAAAGUUGCAUCAAAGAAUCAUCAAUUAGCCAACCAUGAAGAGUUGAUACAUACAAAUUUUGUCAAUUAUGUUCGUUAUUUGGUACGAUUACCCGAUGUGGAUAAUAUUGAUAUCUUGAAUGAAGAAUUUAAGAAGCAUUAUGAGAAUAAACAAGUGUUUGAUAUAAUUUCAAACUCACUUUAUGCUUUAAAACAUGAUGUUUCCAGUGAUGUGUCGAAUGAGAAUAACAAAACAACAAAAGCUAAACUUCUAGUUGAGUGUGUAACCAAAGUGUCCUACGAGUACAUUCUUCUCGAGAAGUACAGAUUUGACAUGAUUUCAAAGUACAAUGUUAACCACUUGAUUACAAGAAGACCCUUGAUGGAGUUAUUCGGCCUUUACAAGACUAAUGUAACACUCAACCACAAAGAAAGUCUCAAGGUUUUGUUAUUCAAUGCAUCAAAUUCAGCCCAAUAUGGAUGGUAUCUUGCAAUAACUGUACCUUUUGUUAGGUUUGUUGAAACUAGCAUAUAUGCUGAAGAUAUGGGUGGGCUCCAAGAUUACAAUGUAUAUCAAAAAUUCGAACAAGCGACAAUCAAGACUGAUUUCACUAAAUCCGACAAUGAAUUGUAUGAUAACUCGACACGGAAAUUGAACUUGACUACAUUUCAAGAAUACAAUUCAAUGAGUAUGGAUAGUCUUGUUUCACUAAGUAAACAAACUGAGAAUAAUCUGCAAAAUUAUGCAAAUGUCGAUCGUCAAGAGAUCCCAGACCCCGCAAGUACAUUCAGUCAUAAACCAAGAAAUUUUGAAUACUAUAAUCAAAGCAUAGCUUCAAUCCCAUCCAAUUCGUUCAACCUAAUUCAAACUAGUGAUUUACCCUAUGAAAUUAAACGAGAAAACUACAAAACGAUAUUACAUGAAUUCCAUCGAAUCCUCAAACCUGGUGGUUCGUUAAUCACUGAUUCGAUACAUUUCGGAUCUAAAUCAACUAUUGACUUCUUACGUGAACAUACCAAGGGUAAUUUCCCUAAAGCUUGGAAUUAUAUUGAUUUUUCAGUAUCACAACAUUUUGAAGUUAUUCCCAAUUUUGUUGAAACUAUAUUGAUUGAAUUGAAUUCUAUUUUUGGUAAAGGAAAUGUUAAAUUUGGAAUAAGUCUAUUAUCUUCACUGUCGGAGGUGAAUUAUUUCUUGGCCAAGUUUGGUGGAUUGAAAUUGUUUGAAAUGAUUGGAAAAUUGGGUGAAUAUUGUAAUUAUUUUGAAGAUGAUGAAACUGUAAAGUCACAACAUGAAUCAAGUGUGCAUUUUUGUGUACAUAUUGAAGCUGUUAAAAGGACAUAA